CUACGGCUUGCCUUGGACUGUUACGUCCCCAUUAAAAAUUGGAUACAUCAAACCAAGCACCAAUGUGGACUUUUCUCUGUUGAGGGAAAAGUACCAUCCUGUGUUCCUGUGCCAUCCAAGUGGACUAUUGUUGAAGAAGAUGGGGUGAAGUCCGUGAAAAUCAGUGGUUGGUACGAGAAAACUCUGCGAGGUUGGUUCAGGAUUCAACCAUAUACUCUCUUCACUUAUAAGAUUGUGUUCUGUCCCAUUGAUGGUGAUUCUUGCAGAGAUCUUGGGAUUGCCAGAGGCAAUGAUGGAAACUCGCUUUUGGUUAUCACUGAUGAUUAUCCUCUUAUUGCUGUGUUCAUCAAAGCAGAAUCAUCUGAUGCACGUAGAGCCUCUAUUAUGUGAAGUGUCAUCGACUAUGAAUAAGUGAUGUGCAGGAUUAAGCUUUGCAAGUUCCUUGCACUUUGUGAUAAUUAAAUAAAAUUUCACUUCAAGUGGCU